GGAAAAUUGCCAGAUUUAUAUUUCUGAAAAACGCUCGUCCGCUUUGUGGAGCGUUUUGAUUCUACAUUUUCGGGAUGGACAAGGAUCAAUGAUACCCCGUCACCGAACCUGUCGGGUCAUUACAACGGUGGCGUGCUGCUCGUUCUUGCUAUCGUUGUGGCAGCUAUGUCGAUCCAUCCAUUUGCAAACAGAUAGUGCCAUCUCGUCGGAAGCGCCAGUACCGGACAUACGAUUUGCAAAUGCUGAGGAAAUGAAUGGAUGGUUUCCUCCGGCAAUAGAGCAUUCCGAAAGGUUGGUUUUGUCGAACAUAGCAAAUAACAAAAGCAUUGCGAGCAGAGAUCCGAGGGUGGCAGUCAGCCUUACAGGUAAUCCAAAAAUUCUGGCUAAUGAGUUUGACGGCAUUCAGGCUCGUGCUUUUGUUGUGUACAACAACAGUCUUCCCUGCUUUCAUCCAACCGACAAUCGCACAGAUGUUCACUGGACAAACCGGCGCGAAAUUCAAGGGACCCCGUCGCGAACGGGACUUCUCUUUUUGAAGCUUUUGAAAACGGGAAGCAGCACGGCCGCAGGGGUACAUUUGCGAAUCGCCAGGAAUGUAGCAGCGCGUCAACAGCACACGGAUUAUAGUGUUUGUAAAACGCGGUUCCUGCACGGACAGGCCAGCCCGUCGCGGUUUGACUAUGGAGCGCGUCAGCGCCAUGCAUCUUUCCUGUGGACCCUCGUUCGGGACCCCACGGACCGGGCCGCAAGCGAAUUUUUUCAUUUUGAGGUCUCUCGGAAGGGGGUCCCCAUCACCGACGCCGCGUUCAUCAACUUCUUGCGAACGAGCAAACACAUGAAUCAUCAUUACAUUUCUUGGUUAUCCACGCGAAGCUACAAUUUUCGCUCUCACAAUGCUACUAAUUUUGCCAACCAAAUCUUUAGGGACUACGAUUUUGUGGGCGUUACGGAACGGUUCGAUGAGUCCCUCAUUGCCUUGAUGAUAAUCUUACGUUUACCGCUGGCCCAUAUUCUGUAUGUAGCGGCCAAAUCCAACGGUGGGUACGACGAUGGUGCGUGGCGCCGUCGAUGUGUCUGGAUCCAGCCAAGUCGUUUGACUCAAGGAAUGCAGGCUUUUUUGGCCAGCGAUGAGUGGCAAAGCUUCGUUCGUCCCGAGGAAGCACUUUAUCGGGCUGCGAACCGGUCGUUAGAUUUGACCAUAGACCACUUGGGUCGUGAUCUGAUAGAAUCCAACCUAGCCCGGUUUCGUCAAGCCCAGAAAAUGGUAACUGAACGAUGUUCUCCUCAGGUGCGACUUCCCUGCUCGGCCGAAGGAGUGCGCCGACAGGAGAACGAAACGGACUGCUUGUGGCAAGAUAUGGGUUGCGGCUUUGAUUGUCUUGAUCGAGUAGCCACCGAGCUACGGCUGUGGUAG